CAUGAAGAAGAUGCUUGACCGAUGAUUUGGGUCGGAACAUAAGACAAGCCCCUCGCAGGAAGGUUGCUUUGGCAUUGAAGACUCCUUGUUGUUUGGCUCCUACGGCAGUCUUGAAGCAUUCUGCAAUCGUUCAACGCUCCUUCCACGUCAUCAUGUCGCUCACACUUUACGCUCUACUAACUGCCUUGGUAGCCGUAGCUGUCUACAGCCUCCGCAGCGUCGGUCGCAGGCCCGCCAACUACCCCCCAGGCCCACCGACGCUUCCCAUGAUAGGAAACCUGCACUUGAUGCCCAAAGAAAAGCCGCAUCUCCAGUUCCAAAAGUGGGCCGAAGAAUACGGUCCUGUGUACUCGCUCAUUCUGGGUACAAAGGUGAUGAUCGUGUUGUCGUCGGACCAAGCUGUGAAGGAUCUGCUUGAUAAACGAAGUGGGAUAUAUUCGUCGCGUCCGGAUAUGUAUCUUGGUCAGAUUGUGAGCAAUGGAUUUCGGAUGCUACUCAUGCCGUACGGCGAUACAUGGCGCAUGAUUCGAAAGAUUGUUCACAAUAACCUUAAUAUUAAGGCGGCGCGGACAUACGUCCCAUAUCAAGAGUUGGAGAACAAAGCGAUGCUUGUCGGCUUCUUGGACAGUCCAGAUCUCUUCAUUGACCACAUUCGUCGUUACACGAAUUCUUUAACGACGCAGAUGAUCUUCGGGUUUCGCACUACAAGUAUCGAUGACCCCAAGCUGAAACAACUCUACUCGGGUUUCGAGAAGUUUUCCGAACUCAUGGGUGAGACUACAGCGGGACUUCUCGAUCUAUUCCCAACACUGCGUUCGUUACCCGAUUUUGCACUUCCCCUACGGAAAUAUGCGAAAGAACUACACGACAAAGAGAGCGAGCUAUACGUCGGCCACUGGCUAAACGUAAAGAAAGCAAUCAAGAACGGAACUAGCAAACCCUGCUUCUGCGUCGAUCUCGUCCGCGCGCAAGACGAAGAAAACUUUUCAGACGAGCUCGCCGGCUACGUGAGCGGUUCUUUGCUGGAAGCUGGAUCGGACACUACAUCCGCAACACUCAUUGCCUUCAUCCAAGCAAUGAUUCUCUUCCCCUCCGUCGCAGCCGCCGCCCGAGAAGAACUUGACCGCAUCUGUGGCCCCCGCUUCCCCACACUCGAAGACGCGCCAAACCUGCCCUACAUUCGCGGCUGCGUCAAAGAAAGCAUGCGCUGGAUGCCUACAGCCAUCCUCGGUGUCCCACAUGCUGUGAUCCGCGAUGACGAGUACAUGGGGUAUAAGAUACCAAAGGGCGCGGGUGUGAUGUGGAAUGUAUGGGCGAUUCACAAUGACCCGGCACGUCAUCCUGAUCCGCGCCGCUUUGACCCGCAGCGGUAUUUUCAUGAUAGCCAGACUGCGGCGGAAGCGGCGAAUAACGCGGAUGCGUCGAAGCGGGAUCAUUUUCUUUUUGGUGCGGGGAGGAGGUUAUGUCAGGGUAUGCAUAUUGCGGAGCGGUCGCUGUUUCUAGCUAUUGCGCGGUUAGUGUGGGCGUUUGAGUUUCAUCCUGGUAAACAUGCGGAUGGCGGUGUUUUUAUGCCUGAUCCGAAUGAUUUGACGGAGGGUAUGUUGGUUCAGCCGAGACCUUUUCCAGCGAGGAUUGUGCCGAGGGAUGAGGGGAGGGUUAGGGUUGUGAGGGAGGAGUGGGAGAAGAUGGGGAGUUUGCUGGAUGGGGAGGAGCAGUGGAAGGUUUUGCCUGAGGGCUUGAUUUGGAAGGAGUAUGAUAAUGCUGCGAAGACGACAUGAAGCUGCGAGAAGGUGGAAGACUCUCUGCCUCGUUUGUUCUGCUUACAUGGCGUAUUCCAAGAACACGUUUGCUUCUUCCUUUCCCUUCUAGUAGAUGUAGUUUCUGAAGGUGAAAAGCCUUCAUUUUCGAUAUCAGUCCGUUCUCGCACGAUAAUCUCAAGUAAACAACCCACUGUCAACCCCAGUAAGAAGCCAGGAGCAGAUGUCACACGUCCGCUACGAAUGCGCAACGUGUGGUCACAAUAGAAUGAAUAAACUCUUCCCAAACUACAAUCCUUCCGCCGA